AAUCUGCUUGCUGGCUCUCCUCUUAAAUGUACCUGUUUCUUAAAAACAGCGCCAUCUAGCGUUCUCGACGAUAUCGCAAUUUACAACACCAGAGUGAAGAUGGCGGAGGGUGAAUUGAACGUGGACAGCCUCAUUUCUCGACUUCUUGAAGUGCGAGGAUGUCGUCCGGGGAAGGUGGUCCAGAUGACCGAGGCAGAGGUUCGGGGUCUCUGCAUCAAGUCCAGAGAGAUUUUCCUCAGCCAGCCCAUCCUACUGGAGCUGGAGGCUCCCCUGAAGAUCUGUGGUGAUAUCCAUGGGCAGUACACAGAUCUCCUGAGGCUGUUUGAGUAUGGCGGCUUCCCUCCAGAAGCCAACUACCUGUUCCUGGGUGACUACGUGGACAGAGGCAAACAGUCCCUGGAAACCAUCUGCCUCCUGCUGGCAUACAAGAUCAAAUACCCAGAGAACUUCUUCCUGCUCAGAGGAAACCACGAAUGUGCUUCAAUCAACCGUAUUUAUGGCUUCUACGACGAGUGCAAGCGGAGGUUCAACAUUAAAUUAUGGAAGACCUUCACAGACUGCUUCAACUGCCUCCCCAUUGCGGCUAUUAUUGAUGAGAAGAUCUUCUGCUGCCAUGGAGGGCUUUCGCCUGAUUUGCAGUCGAUGGAGCAGAUCCGCAGGAUCAUGAGGCCAACAGACGUUCCAGAUACAGGCCUGCUGUGUGACCUGCUGUGGUCCGAUCCAGAUAAAGAUGUGCAGGGCUGGGGAGAGAAUGAUCGUGGAGUCUCCUUCACCUUUGGGGCUGAUGUGGUCAGCAAGUUCUUAAACCGCCAUGACCUGGACCUCAUCUGCAGAGCCCACCAGGUUGUGGAGGAUGGAUAUGAGUUCUUUGCCAAACGCCAACUGGUCACACUUUUCUCUGCUCCAAACUACUGCGGGGAGUUUGACAAUGCGGGCGGCAUGAUGAGUGUUGAUGAAUCUCUCAUGUGUUCCUUCCAGAUCCUGAAGCCCUCAGAGAAGAAGGCCAAGUACCAGUACGGUGGUGUGAACUCUGGCCGACCUGUCACCCCACCCCGCACCACCCAAGCACCCAAGAAGAGGUGAACACCCAACUGAGGCUCUCUUCCCUCCUUCUCAUCCAAUCCAUUCCUGGUCAGCCGUCAUGGCCCCCCCCCCCCCCUGUAACCCUCCUCACCUGGCCCCUCCUCCGCUCCACUUUUCUUAAUGUGUAUUAAUACAGAAAUUUGCUGUGAUCAAUCUGUUUUAUUUAUUUACUUCCUGUCUGUGUCUUGGGAUUUUUCUUUUUUGAUAUUCUAACUCUCUUUUCGUGGUUUUACUCUCCAGUGCUAUUUAAGGUUUUCUGGGGUUCUGUGUUGUCUAAGGAAAUGCCUUCUAUAAUGAGAGGCAGUGUGACCAAGUGAAAGAAAUCCUGAUUUUUUUUCUCCAGAAAAACUAAAUAGAGAUUGAUCAUAUAUGUAUAUUUUUCUUUUUUUUCUUCUUUUUUUAAUUUUUGACCUCAUCUAAAUGAAUCAUUUUGGGUGUUUAAUUUGGAGCUGUGCAACACGUGUUUCCAUUUCCAUCUCAUCACAGCAUGAGCAGUACACUUUGUGGUUUUUGUGCACAAGUAUAUUAUUUAGAUUUAAACAUAGAGGAACGUACAGCGUCACACUUUUAGAAAACAAAAUGAACAGAUCUACCUAAAAGCCUAAUCUGGACACCAAUUUCUCUACUUUAUGUCUCGACUGCUCCCACACAGAAAGCUAAUGAUGAUUCCUGGUAAUAUUCUUUCUUAUAAAGAUAAUUUCCUUGUUUUGUGGUGAGAGAGAAUUUUAAUUACACCCAUUUGUGAUUUCCAUGCAGAAAUCAGAUGUGUUUUUGGAAUUGUGCUUUUUAAAUCUGGAAUUUGUUAAAGGAAAAUUGUGACUAAUUAAAAAAAUCUAACCCAUCGAAUAAUACAAAGGAUAAACAAGUCUUGAAAAAUCAUUCAUUCUGAUCGUUUAUUCAAAUUUACAUAUGGUACUACUCGGAAGAAAACUAGCUUGUGGAAGCUUUAUUGUGAAAUAGCAGCUCAUCUGAUGUAAAAGUGGGUGACCCAGCUUUAGCAUUGCUGUAAUUGUGUUGCCACCUGGUGUGUGAAUACAGCACUGCAGGGCGAAGAGCACAUCUCAUGUUUUGUAUUACCAAGUAGAUCAGAGUGAGUCAUUCGUUACAUUCCUAGUAUAAAAUGUGGCUUCAUUUUCUGUUACACGCUAUCACGGAUACACGAACCAGCUAUAAGUAUCAUUUGUGUUUGCUUCAGUCUCAAAUGCAAAAAUAAGCUGCUGUUGUAAUUUAAUUGAAAGCAAAUUGGUCUUUUUAUUUUCUUUGUAGUAUUUUUUUAACUUCUUAUUUCAUCCAUUUAUAUUGCUUACUUGUUUAAUUUAUCUCUUUCAGGAUGGCAAGAAAAUGAUAAAAGUGUUACCAAAAGCUGUUUUGCAAUUUGUACAAGUUGGUUUGAAAGUCAAUGCAUUCAAUAAAAUCAAUGAAACCUGUA